AUGAAGCCCGUGCUCACGAGGAAGGGACUCACAAUGCGGCCGGCGGAGGAGGGAGAUGCGGUGAUGGGUACCUACCGUACGGCACUUGGCGACCUCAUGGAUGCGCUACCAGGCAGCAUGGUGGCUGCCAAGAUCACCGCAUCUGAGGUCGUGGCCCACACCGCGGUGGCGAUUCCGCGCACCAAAGGCGGAGCACUGGUCCCCAAGGGGGCGUUCAUCAAGGCAAGCCCCAAGGAGAAGUGGUUCACUGACUUUGCAAUGAAGUCAGGCAAGAAGGAGGAGUGCGUUGCAGCAUACUUUUUUGAAGAAAUGGCGUCCCUGGUAUCCCUCCUUGAGGCACUGAAUGCACCGCCCGAAAAGGUGUUCACUUUCACGGAGUUUCCGUUAAUCCCCACACGGGUGCCGUUAGGCACGUGUGUGGACGAGCGUGAGCAGCUGUCGCGGGAAUGGCACAUGCCCGUAUGCUUUGUGUACAACGCCAUAGGACGUGUCCGCAAACCGCCGAUCGUUGUUCUACGACGGGACGACAAGAGGCCAGUACAUGAGGGGCGCAAGAAGAAUCAUGACGUGAAAGUGCGCUACGCCAAGAAUGGGCGCUUUUCUAGCGAGUUGUUCACUGAGUUCGUCGACGAGUUAAACGGGGAGUUGCAUGCGAAGAACGAGAAGGCGGUGGUGCUGGUGCACAACCCUUCGCACACCCUCACCGGGUGUGUGAAACGGACAAGCACGGUGGAGGGGUUUGUCGUGGAGGAGUUGACACGGGUGAAGGUUGUGCAGACAUUUGGCUUGAUGCCGGCUGCUGCGUUUUCUGCGAUAAAUGGUGUUGUGGACACAUGGAAGGCAGUUUUCCGGACGUGGUUUCUGCGAACGGCUGUCACGAGAACGGAGUGGACCCGUGCGGGCAUUUUUCCACGGCCGCCGCGGCACGAUGUCCUGUACAAGCUGUUCAUGGCGUGCAAGUUGACGAUGCCGGGGACAAUCCAGAGGAUUUGGUGGCGGGCCGGUAGCGUGCCGAAGGGCUGGCUGUCGCGGAUGGACAGCUUGAAAGGGAAAGUUGCGGCAGGGAUGUUUGACGGUCUGGUGCUGCAGUUGACAAGUCUGCAGCUGGUGAUUGAAGAGUUCAAAGGCAAGUGCAGCAGCACGGCGUUUAUGACGGCGUGGGAUUUCGUGGGGUGUGACGAAGGCCUUAUUGAGAAGUGGGCGCCAGCGAGGGGUUUGGAGGACGAGUCCGAGGAUGAGAUUCCGGCAUAUUUUUGCAUUCCGGAGGGGCCGCUAAUGCGAGACAGCCGUAGCUGUCGCUGCGUGAGCCGCAUGGUCCAUGAUGGUUUUGUGAAGCAGGCGGAGGCAUUGGGUAUUCCACCGCGCGACGUGCCAGAGGAGGCCGGAGUGGUGAAUGAGGAGGUGGUGAGCCGCCUUCGACGCACGCCCACUAAGCGCAACCGGACGGGCCGCUCUAGUGAUGAGGGGAUCACGUCUGACGCGUCGGAUGAGGCAGGCCAAUCCUGUGAUGAGAAACGAGAAUGA